AUGGCAGACGACGAAGUAGACUGGGAUCUUGAUGAGUCUGUAGGGUUAGACUGGAGAGGACAGCAUCCUACAGAGAGUAAUGGGAAUGGCGAUGGGAAUGGCCAAGAUGGAAGAGAUGAUGAUGGGAUUUCAUUGGAUGGGGUGGACGUUGAUGCUGAGCUUGAUGUCGCACCAAAUGACUCUUCACCUAAUCAGCAAGCAGACAGUAAACCUUUGCCCACUGGUCCUAGACGAGGUAACGAUCAAGGAGAAAGCGGCGGAGCAAGAAACGAAGAUGCAUCUGAUAAUCUACACCAAAAUGCGCCAGAGAGCCAACAGGCAAGUCAUCCAACGCUAAAAGGGAUCAAAUUGGAUCAACCUUCAGACGAGACUCCCCUUCCACCAGGUUGGACAGCUAUAAUGUCAAAAUCACACGGUAGACAUUUCUUUUUCCACAAAGAAUCAAAUACUACUGUAUGGGAUAGACCCACUGCUCCAAUUGAGCUCAAUCAGGAUAUACCAAAAUCACCUCCUCUAGCUGUAUCUUCGUCUACCUCUACCACCGAUCCCAAGAAUGAUCUCACUGGUGACAAGAAUGACAAAUCAGGUGAUAAAAAUCGUUCUUCUAAUUCUAUCGCUGCUACUCCUGCCGCUACCGCCGGCUUAGAGAAAAUACCUCCUAAAGGUCCAGCAGCUGAUACAAAGCAAUUGACUGAUAUCAAACCUAUCGAAACAGCAUAUUCGUCAAGAAGAGGUCCACCACCUUCAGGUCCUGCAUCAGGAUUAAAACGAGAUUCAGACUAUCAUGAAGCUCAACAAAGUAGAUAUGACAAGUAUAAAAAUCAAAGAGGUUCACCUGAUCCUGAAUAUCAAGAAAAAAGAAGACAAAGAGAAAUUCCUCCUUCUACUAACCAAGGUGGAUACGAAAGAGAAUAUAAAAGGUUCAAAGGUGACGAAGAGAAGAGAUAUGGUGGAAAUGAUUUUAGACGACAACAAAGUCCACCUCCUUACCCUCCACGUGGAUCUUAUCCCCCAGAUGAUCGACGAUCGAAAUACCCUUCAUCUCGACCUCUAGAAGAUGAUCAAUCAAGAACUUAUAAGCCGUAUUACAAAGCGCCCUAUAACGAUACUCGCGGUCCUCCUCAAUCUCGUGGUCCACCUUCAUAUCCACCAAGAUCACCUCCCCCUUCCCGAGGUCCUUCCGCGCCUUACGACCCACCAUCUGCUAGGUAUACAAAGGAGCUACGAGGCGGAAGAGGUGAUGAGGAAUACGCUAGACCAUCUAAACAGGAAAGUACCGCGAAGCCCUUCCGACCUCCUCCUGCAGAUGUUGAUCAAGCGGAAAUCGCUCGUGCUACGAUCAGGGAAGAAGCUCGAAAAGCUCAAGAGAAACUCAAAUUUCUCGAAGAGGAAGAAGCUAGGCUGGAUCGGGAAGAGAAAGAAAAGGCUCGCAGGGCUGAACAAGGUGACGAAAGGAGUUCAUAUCCUUCCCGAGGACCAAGAAGGGAAGGACAAGCUCCAUAUGACAAUAGAUCUGCCCCACCAUCCAACUAUCCAUCAUCGGGUGGCAAAGAUGGAUAUUAUGCCCAACCCAGAAGACCACUUUCGUCAAGAGAGAAAUUUUACGGACCGGGGUAUAAAUCUCAAACUCCCACAUCUCGAUCAUUCGAUGAUCCAGCUGAACCUCCCGUGACUUCCAAAUAUGAUCGAGAAGGAUCAUAUGACCGAUCUUCUACUCGAGGUGGUUAUGACAAUCGUUCAAGUCGAGGUGGGUACGAGAAUCGAACUUCGAGAGGUGGAUAUUCAAGUAGAGGUGGAUAUGAGGGUAGAACCAGCACUCGUGGAUAUGAUAAUAGAUCUUCAAGACCUCCUUCUCCUCCACUUGGUCCCCCAUCCUCUGAUCGUAGAUCACCUCCUUCGUUCGGUUCUAGAUUAGGACCGAAAGUUGAUGCUCCCCAAAGAGGAGAAGGUGAAUAUAGAUCAUAUCACCAAGAAUCAUCUCGCGAGAGGGAUAGGGGUCUGGCAAGUAGGAUCGGUGUUUCAGAAAGAGGUCCAAAUCCAAAUACAUCACGAAACAGAGGAAAUGAAUUAUCUGCUGAACCUAUGUCUGCUUUGGCCAAAGAAGCUAUUGAUAGAGAAAGAGAUAGGAGAUCACCUCCACCUCCAUUUAGGAGAGAAAGGGAUUCUGGACCUGGGCCAAGUCAAGGAUUACCCGCUAGACCUUUGGCGGAGAGGAUGUCAAUUGAUAAAGAAAGAGAAGGGAGGUAUGAAGGCGGUAGGGAUACGAGGAGGUAA